UGUGAGGAAGAGGUCAUCCGUCUCCUCUGAGAGGUGCUUACCGUGUGACUCGAAAAGAAGAGACCAAUUUGGAAGACUGAUGAUGGUGUAACACUCCAUGCGUGACCUGCCACACAUAGGCAGAGUGAAUCAGGCCAUGUAUUGUUACCCCUGUUUCAUUACAUAUACAACAAUAUGAAAGGCACACCAUGUUACAAGCUAACUGCCAGGGAUACCUUUCUGGAAUAUGUUGCUCAACAACCAAUCAAAGAAAUCCUUUGCACUGAAAGAAAACAAAUGGAGGACUCUGGCGUGCUAACGGUCAAGAGUUCCCUGUGAACAAUGGAAGGACCAGGCUCUUUGUUGAGUCCUAUGAAUAAUCGCACUGCACAAAAUGUCACCUCAGGUCUGUCAGGGCCCAAGCCCACAGUUCCCGGUUCUCCGUUGGGAGUUUUCUCACCGUCCCAGCUCAAGGACAUGGUAGGGAUGUUCUUCAUGGUCAGCCUAAACGUGGUGGCCCUCCUGGCCAACACGGCUGUGAUGGUGGCCAUCGUUAAGGCGCCGCACCUGAGGAAGUUCGCCUUCGUGUGUCACCUGUGCGUGGUGGACCUGCUCUGUGCCGUGCUGCUGAUGCCCCUCGGCAUCGUGUCUGGCUCGCCCUUUUUCAGCACCGUGGUGUUCACCGUGCUGGAGUGCCAGGUCUACAUCUUCCUCAACGUGUUCCUCAUCUGCGCCUCCAUCCUCACCAUCACGGCCAUCAGCGUGGAGCGCUACUACUACAUUGUGCACCCCAUGAGGUACGAGGUCAAGAUGACGCUCAACCUGGCCAUUGCCGUCAUGAUCUUCAUCUGGGUCAAGUCCGUCCUGCUGGCGCUCGUGACCCUUUUCGGGUGGCCCCCCUACGGGAACCAGAGCUCCAUCAGUGCCGCCCACUGCUCCUUACACUGGAGCCACAGCAGCCUCAGGAAGGUGUUCGCCGUGCUCUUCAGCGUGCUCUGCUUUCUGGUGCCCUCCGUGGUGAUCUUCGCUGUGUACUGCAACGUGUACAAGGUGGCGAGGAUGGCGGCGCUCCAGCACGUCCCCGUCCCCACGUGGGCCACCGGCCCCAAGCGCCGCUCGGACUCAAUCAACAGCCAGACCACCAUCAUCACCACCCGGAACCUGCCGCAGAGGCUGUCCCCCGAGAGGAUUUUCGGGGGCGGCAAGGCGGCCCUCACCUUAGUUCUCAUCGUGGGCCAGUUCCUGCUCUGCUGGCUGCCGUACUUCUCCUUUCACCUGCACCUGUCUCUCGCCGCCUCGCCCCAGACCCCUGGGGACAUUGAGGAAGCCGUCACCUGGCUGGCCUACUCCUCCUUUGCCAUCAACCCCUUCUUCUACGGGCUGCUGAACAGGCAGAUCCGGGAGGAGCUGUGCAAGCUGCGGAGGUGCUAUGCCACCCGGCCUGUAGAGCUGGGCACCUCCAGCCAUGAGGGCUCCGUCCAGGAGAACUUCCUCCAAUUCCUGCAGAGGACCAGCUGCACAGUGGAGACCCGCUCCAGCUGCAUCCACUCCAGCCCCAGGAACACCUUGGAUCAGGGAAUUCGCAUCCCUGGCCAGAUCCCAGAGGAAUUCAGCUAAACAUGCUCCGAAUUCGUGCCCUGUUUCAUCACUUGUCGUGGAGCAGGUGGCCUCUUCAAAGGG